AUGUACCAGCUCGCCAUCGACUACUGCAAGACAUCGCAGCGGCUCAUCGAAUUCUACACACCACACAGCAUGGACUGGGCCGUCGUCCGCGCCUUUUCCUGGCACUCGGUUGCGACCAUGCUCUCGAUGGUUUUGCGCCACGAAGCCCUGAACUGCAGCCCCGAAGCCCGUGCCGCGAGACAGCGGAUCGAGCGCCUGUUCCAGAAUCGGCCGUCCAUCGAUUUCCUCGCCGUCAACGAUAACCUGUGGGAGCCGCUGCAGAAGCUGAGGGACGAGCUCGCGGCUAGAGAAGACAGCGUGGGCUCGGCAGGAGGCUAUGAAGCUUUCGGCGCUGCGGAAGAUGUAGAACCUGUCUCGAUGACUUCCACGACCAUCGACCCGUUACUUUUCGGCAUGGUUGACGAUGCCAUUCCUGGCCUGGAAAUUUGGACGGAUGGUACAGUGACCGAGAGCUUUGAUUUCCAAACGUCCGCCCAGGGAUUCUGA